GUUGCAGCGGCAGCGGCAAGCUGGCAACCGUGCUGCGCCGUACAGUAGUGUUUCCUCCCAAGGAGGCAGCAUCCCAUUAACUUAUUGGGACAGAUGCGAUCGACCGCACCCGUAAAAGCAUAUCACUGUGUGUCAAGGUGAUCCCGUCGCUCUCGAGCGAGCAGCGCACUGAAAGUGCACUACACUUGCGACAGUUUAUUAUACAUCUGGUACAACGUUAUAGUCACUUCUGUGUGCCUUUUCAACUUUAAAUCUAUUAGUCCUAAAAGUUUGCGAUGGUGCGAACCGUCGCCAAUUGCGCCGGAGGCCCCGCCGACCAAGCCGACGACGGCCCCAGCACCAGCGGAAAGGAAUACCUUACAUACUUUGCUCACCGGUUGCUAGAGUUUCGCCGGCCAGAGCUUGAAAGCAUAGCACAGCUAGUCGGCUGCAAGGAUGAGCAGCUGCGAUGGCGGGCGCCGGCGGGAGACGUGGAGCACUCUCCGUUUUGGUACCUCACGUUACCUUCGGAGGAAGCAGCUCAGGAGAUCAGCAAGCGGAUGCUGAUGACCAAGAUGCUGGUGGAGGUGUGGGGCGAAGGGGCGGACUGGGGGGAGCUGCAGGCGGCCAUUGAGGCGUGUCCGGAGCAGGUCAAGGCCCCCUGGCUGUCCCCCUCGCUCAGCUUCAAGGUGGUGGUGGAGAGCUUCGGUCGCUCGGUGGCCAUGGAGGAGCAGCUGGAGGCGAUACACAGGCUGGAGUUCAUUCCCUUCCAGGGCUCAGUACGAUUACGAGAUCCAGAGGUUCAGUUCGUGUUGCUCAUGUGCGACGCGGGGGACCAUGGCUCGCUCAUAGACGCGCAGGUUCCCCCCCGGCUCUACUUUGGCCGUAUCGUGGGUGUCGGCGACCGGGGGCUGCCGGACCGCUACUCGCUGCGGCGGCGACGCUACCUGGGACCCACCUCCAUGGACGCGGAGAUGGCCUUCCUCAUGUGCAACCAGGCAAAGGUACGGCCAGGGCAGUUGGUUUUGGAUCCGUACGCGGGAACUGGAUCCAUCCUGGUGGCGGCAGCACACUACGGAGCGCAGGUGUUGGGUACGGACAUCGACAUCAAGGUCAUCCGGGAGGGGAAGGUGGGCCCAGGUGGCGAGUCACUCACCAUCCGCUCCAACUUCGCGCAGUACGGUCUGGGCGGGCGGCUGGCGGACCUGAUUCGGCUGGACACACACCACCUGCCGCUGCGGAGGGAUCUGGAGGGGAUCCUGCAUGCCGUUAUUGGAGAUCCGCCGUACGGCGUGCGCGCGGGUGGCAAGAAGUCGGGAGCUGCCCCCGAGGCGGCGGCCAAGCGAAACCCCAUCACGGAUAGGGCCACCCACAUCCCAGCAACGCAGCCGUACACCCUCGGCGAGUGCCUCCGCGACCUGCUGGACAUGUCUGCCCGGUUGUUGGUGGUUGGCGGGCGGUUGGUGUACUUCCUGCCCGCCAGCCCCGAGACGUACGACGAGGGGGAGCUGCCGUACCACCCGGCACUGCAGUUGGUGGCGAACAGCGAGCAAAUCCUGACCUCCCGCUACAGCCGCCGCCUCAUCACGAUGGAGAAGGUACGACCGUACGACGCGGAUGCAGCAGCCGCCUACCAUGCCUCGAAACCAGAUCCCACCAUGGCCAUCGACCGGAUCCACGACAUUGUGUACGAGCAGAUCCAGCAGCAGCAGGCAGGGGAGGAGAAUGGGGGCGGCAAACCGCGACGGAGGUGCCGUGGGAAGUGCUUUUAGGAGGGGUAGCGGGAGGAGGAGGAGGAGGAGGAUGGGGAAGGAGCGGGAGAGGAGGAAAAGGAGGAUAUGGGGGAGCAGGCACCUUGGGAUGUGUUUUUGUGGUUGUAUCUGACUGGAUUUGUGCUCUUAACGCGGCGUGGGACGGGUUGUAGCCCUUACGGAUACAGCGAGGGAGGACAAUGUUGGCGGGAUGCAUGGGUUAGGUGGGGAGGAGGGGUGGGCAGCGGCCCGUAUAGUGGCAUGUGAUUCCCCUGAGGUGGAGUUGGAGGUGUGUUUAAUGAGUCGUGGGUUUGCAAGGGUGUGAGAGGUAAACAGAGGGAGUAACCAACAGACACUCGACGUUGAUGCGACCCAACUCUUGAGAUGCUCCCCUUUGGAGGGUGCUGGCGGUGUGCCCCUUUGGAUGUCAUCCAAGGUAGCAUGGCUAGGCGCGUGCAGGGACGCUUGGACGGUUUCAAACCUUGUAUGUGUGUUUGUUCUCUGCGCCUGUUAUGUGGACUUUUACAGAGCCACCUUGGGAUGCUUGUAGAUCAACACUAGGGGAGCUGCGUAGCAAUGCCGUUUACUGUGAGGAGGAGGGGGUGGAGCCUUCUCGUGGCAGGAAACGACGAAGCGCCGUCGGUAGUUCCCCAUUCGUUACCGGUAUUGGUACUCCGUUACCGUUAGCUCGUUAGCUCCAAGCGGGUAAAAGAGCAGAAGUCCGGCAUCCCCCGCACCUCCGCCCCGUGCAGAGGUAUGCGAGGUACAUGCCGGCAGUACCGCACCGUACCGUAGUGGGUGGGUGAGGUAGCGGUAAGGUGGGUGGGUUAGUAAUGGUAGCAUGAUAUGGGGUAAGGAAGGAAGAAGCACCUAGCCACCGCAGGCUACCGGAGCCAUG